AUGGUCAAACUAACUUCAAUCGCUGCUGGUGUCGCUGCUAUCGCUGCCGGCGUCGCCGCUGCCCCUGCCACCACUACAUUAGCUCCAUCCGACGAAAGAGUUAACUUAGUUGAAUUGGGUGUCUACGUUUCUGAUAUCAGAGCUCAUAUGGCCCAGUAUUACGCUUUUCAAGCCGCCCACCCUACUGAUACGUACCCAAUUGAAGUUGCUGAAGCUGUUUUCAACUACGGCGAUUUCACUACCAUGUUGACCGGCAUUUCACCCGACCAAGUCACUAGAAUGAUUACCGGUGUUCCAUGGUACUCCACCAGAUUGAGACCAGCCAUCUCCAGUGCUUUAUCCAGCGACGGUAUCUACACCGCUAUUCCAAACUAG